CCCCUCCCCCCCGGCCGGCUCCCCGCGGCCCCGGAGGUUUCACUGCACAACAAGAUGGCGGCGGCGGCGGCGAGCGGAGCUGGCGGGGUUGCCGUGGCCGGAGCAGGGGGAGCCGGGCCGGCCGGUCGCCUGCUGCCUCCGCCCGCCGCGGGGCCCCCUGCAGCUCCCGCCGCGGUGCCCCCGGCCGCCGGCCAGCCGCGUCCCGCAGCCCCGGCCUCCCGCGGGCCGAUGCCCGCUCGCAUCGGCUACUACGAGAUCGACCGCACCAUCGGCAAGGGCAACUUCGCUGUGGUCAAGCGGGCCACGCACCUCGUCACCAAGGCCAAGGUUGCCAUUAAAAUCAUAGAUAAAACCCAGCUGGAUGAUGAAAACUUGAAGAAGAUUUUCCGGGAAGUACAGAUAAUGAAGAUGCUUUGCCAUCCACAUAUCAUCAGGCUUUACCAGGUCAUGGAGACAGAGCGGAUGAUUUAUCUGGUGACAGAAUAUGCUAGUGGAGGGGAAAUAUUUGACCAUCUAGUGGCCCACGGGAGAAUGGCAGAGAAGGAAGCUCGGCGGAAAUUCAAGCAGAUUGUCACAGCUGUGUAUUUUUGCCACUGUCGGAACAUCGUUCAUCGCGAUUUAAAAGCUGAAAAUUUGCUUCUGGACGCCAAUCUGAAUAUCAAAAUAGCAGACUUCGGCUUCAGCAACCUCUUCACUCCCGGGCAGCUGCUGAAGACGUGGUGUGGCAGUCCUCCCUAUGCCGCCCCAGAGCUCUUCGAAGGGAAGGAGUAUGAUGGGCCCAAAGUGGACAUCUGGAGUCUUGGAGUUGUCCUGUAUGUGCUUGUGUGUGGUGCCCUGCCAUUUGAUGGGAGCACACUGCAGAAUCUGCGGGCCCGGGUGCUGAGUGGAAAGUUCCGCAUCCCAUUUUUCAUGUCCACAGAAUGUGAGCACUUGAUCCGCCACAUGCUGGUGUUAGACCCGAGCAAACGCCUCUCGAUGGAGCAGAUCUGCAGGCACAAGUGGAUGAAGCUAGGGGAUGCGGAUCCCAACUUUGAGAGGUUAAUAGCUGAGUGCCAGCAACUGGAGGAAGAAAGACAGACGGAUCCCCUCAAUGAUGAUGUCCUCUUGGCCAUGGAAGACAUGGGACUGGACAAGGAACGGACACUUGAGUCAUUAAGAUCGGACGCCUAUGAUCACUAUAGUGCAAUCUAUAGCCUGCUGUGUGAUCGGCAUAGGAGACAUAAAACUCUGCGCUUGGGAGCUCUUCCUAGCAUGCCCAGAGCCAUGACAUUUCAAGCACCAGUAAAUAUCCAGGCGGAGCAGACAGGCACUGCCAUGAACAUUAGUGUCCCUCAAGUUCAGCUAAUCAACCCAGAGAACCAAAUUAUAGAGCCUGAUGGGGCAGUGAACUUGGACAGCGAUGAGGGUGAAGAGCCUUCUCCUGAAGCCUUGGUCCGUUAUUUGUCAAUGAGGAGGCACACAGUGGGAGUGGCUGACCCACGCAUGGAAGUCAUGGAUGAUCUGCAGAAGCUCCUGCCUGGCUUUCCUGGAGUGAACCCACAGGCUCCAUUCCUGCAGGUGACCCCUAAUAUGAACUUCAUGCACAACCUGUUGCCCAUGCAGAGUCUGCAGCCAACUGGGCAGCUUGAGUACAAGGAACAGUCUCUAUUACAGCCGCCUGCACUACAGCUGCUGAAUGGAAUGGGGCCCCUUGGCCGGAGAGCAUCAGACGGAGGAGCCAACAUCCAGUUGCAUGCCCAGCAGCUGCUGAAGCGCCCACGGGGACCCUCCCCACUUGUCACCAUGACACCAGCAGUGCCAGCAGUUACCCCUGUGGAUGAGGAGAGCUCGGAUGGGGAGCCAGAUCAGGAAGCUGUGCAGAGGUACUUGGCAAAUAGGUCCAAAAGACACACACUGGCCAUGACCAGCCCGACGGCUGAGAUCCCACCGGACCUACAACGGCAGCUAGGACAACAAUCUUUCCGUUCCCGGGUCUGGCCUCCUCACCUGGUACCUGACCAGCAUCGCUCCACCUACAAGGACUCCAACACCCUGCACCUCCCUACGGAGCGUUUCUCUCCCGUGCGCCGCUUCUCAGAUGGGGCUGCAAGCAUCCAGGCCUUCAAAGCUCACCUGGAAAAAAUGGGGACCAACAGCAGCAUCAAACAGUUACAGCAGGAGUGUGAGCAGCUGCAGAAGAUGUACGGGGGACAGGUUGAUGAGAGAGCCCUGGAGAAGACCCAGCAGCAGCAUAUGUUGUACCAGCAGGAGCAACACCAUCAGAUUCUCCAGCAGCAAAUUCAAGACUCUAUUUGUCCUCAGCCUUCCCCACCUCUUCAGGCUGCAUGUGAAAAUCAGCCAGCCCUCCUCACCCACCAGCUCCAGAGGUUAAGGAUUCAGCCUUCAAGCCCACCCCCCAACCACCCCAACAACCAUCUCUUCAGGCAGCCAAGUAAUAGCCCCCCACCCGUCAGCAGUGCCAUGAUCCCGUCUCACGGUGCUACAUCUCCCUCCCAGUUUCAAGGCUUACCCUCCCAUGGUGCAAUCUUUCAGCAGCAGCCUGAGAACUGUUCCCCACCUCCCAAUGUGGCACUAACCUGCUUGGGCAUACAGCAGCCUAGCCAGUCCCAGCCGGUGACUAUCCAGCUACAGGAGCCAGUUGACAUGCUCAGCAACAUGGCAGGGACAGCUGCAGGCUCUGUAGGGCGGAGUGUCGCCAUCAGCCCCAGUGCCAGUCAGAUUCAGAUGCAGCACCGGAACAACCUAAUGGCUACCUUCAGCUAUGGGCACCGGCCCCUGUCCAAGCAGCUGAGUGCAGACAGCGCAGAGGCCCACAGCUUGAACGUGAAUCGGUUCUCUCCUGCUAACUACGAUCAGGCGCAUUUACACCCCCAUCUGUUUUCGGACCAGUCCCGGGGGUCCCCCAGCAGCUACAGCCCUUCAACAGGAGUGGGGUUUCCUCCAGCUCAAGCCCUGAAAGUCGCUCCACUUGACCAGUUCCCCCCUUUCCCUCCCAGUGCACAUCAGCAGCCACCACACUAUACCACGUCAGCACUACAGCAGGCCCUGCUCUCCCCUACACCGCCAGACUAUACCCGACACCAGCAGGUUCCCCACAUCCUCCAAGGACUGCUCUCUCCCCGGCAUUCGCUGACCGGCCACUCGGACAUUCGGCUCCCUCCGGCAGAGUUUGCACAGCUUCUUAAAAGGCAGCAACAGCAGCGGCAGCAGCAGCAGCAGCAGCAGCAGCAGCAGCAGCAAGAAUACCAUGAAUUGUUCAGGCACAUGAACCAAGGGGAUGCUGGGAGCCUAGCUCCUAGCCUUGGGGGACAGAGUAUGACAGAGCGCCAGGCUUUAUCUUAUCAAAAUGCUGACUCAUACCACCACCAUCACCACGCCAGCCCUCAGCAUCUCCUACAGAUCAGGGCACAAGAAUGUAUCUCACAGGGUCCCUCGCCCACCCCCACCCAUGGGUAUGCCCAUCAGCCUCCACUAAUGCACUCGGAAAGCAUGGAAGAGGACUGUUUGUGUGAGGAGGCUAAGGCGGGCUUCCCAGACAAGAGCUCAAGCACACUGACCAAAGGUUGCCACAACAGCCCUCUGCUCUUGAGUACCGGUGGGCCUGGGGACCCUGAGUCUUUGCUGGGAACUGUGAGUCAGGCCCGGGAGCUGGGGAUGCAUCCCUACGGACACCAGCCAGCUGCCACAUUCAGUAGAAAUAAGGUGCCCAGCCGAGAGUCUGUCAUAGGGAACUGCAUGGACCGAAGUUCUCCAGGACAAGCAGUGGAGCUCCCGGAUCACAACGGGCUUGGGUAUCCCACUCGGCCCUCAGUCAGUGAGCCUCUCAGGUCCCGGACCCUCCAGAGACACCACACGAUCCAGAACAGCGAUGAUGCCUACGUGCAGUUGGAUACCUUGCCGGGAAUGAGCCUGGUGGCAGGAAAGGCCCUGAGCUCGGCCCGAAUGUCAGAUGCGGUUCUCAGUCAGUCUUCACUCAUGGGCAGCCAGCAGUUUCUGGAUGGGGAAGAUGAAGAAGAAUGUGGGGUGAGUCUGGGAGGUCACGAGCAUCCAGGCCUGAGUGAUGGCAGCCAGCACUUAAACUCCUCUUGCUACCCAUCCACGUGUGUUACAGACAUCCUGCUCAGCCACAAGCACCCUGAGGUCUCCUUCAGCAUGGAGCAGGCCGGCGUGUAGCAGGAUAUGGAGAGUGAGUGCCACCCUGGUCAGGGCACAGGCAGCCCCGUGGCCCACUGCCAGCCCUGAUCCCUUCAGCAUGUUCAUUCCGUGUGUGACAUCUGAUGAAUUUGAGGAUCACUCUUUCCAUGCAUCUGCCUGCUUUUUUCAUUAAGUACUAUGUUAGUUUUGAAGUGGGCUGAGGUUUUUAUUAUCGAGACAAGGUCCAUGGCCCACCUCGUGUUACAGAUGCUAUGGCCCUUAGGAGAGCCAAUGAGCUACGGUUGCAAAGGACAGAAGCCAAUGGCCUUUGGCUAGCGCACUAAGAAAGAGCUAAUCUUACACUGAAGGGUGAAACCCAACCAAAGAACACAGAUCCAGCCAUGCUCCUUCAUUGGUUGUUUUGUUGUGCUGUUUUGGUGUUUGGGGGCUGAGCCUAGAAACCAGGGUUAGGCAAGCACUCUACCACAGAACUCCAGCCCCAGCCCCGGCUGGACUUUAUAAAGAGUAAACAAAGGGUAUAUAGUCUGAGGUCCAUGCUGAAAAGGCGGCGGGCGGGUUGGCUGGCUCUGACCGCUUAACAAAGGUGUGGACGGUACUAGAGCUCUGCCUCUACAGACACAGAGAGACGGAGGGAAGUGAAGCCACGGGUAGUGGCGUGCCAGAGCCUCAGUGUGGCAAGGCUUAGACAGUGACACCUGAAGACUUCGCUGAGGGCCUUCAGGCAUGUGGCUUGUCGAGCACAUGCAUGGCACACGCAGGACCUUGAGUUCUAGCCCCAGUACCGUUAGAAAGGGUUAGGGAAGUACACUUGAAGAGUCGAGUCGUGCUCCUUCAAAGC